CUGAGAUGUGAGGUUCCACCCAACACAGCUGGAAUCAUGUUCACUGGCAUCGUAGAGAUCAUUGGAGGUAAGAGUCAUUCCCUCUUUCAAUUAAUAAUUGCUCACCGUAUUUAGUCGUCUCCGAACUCAAUGCCCACUCCGAAGAUGGUGGCACAACACUUACCAUUUCCAACGCUUCCGAGAUCCUUACCGACUGCCAUCUCGGCGAUAGCAUUAGUAUCAAUGGCACAUGCUUGACUGUCACGUCUUUCGAUAGCUCCUCCUUCAAGGUGGGCGUUGCCCCAGAGACUCUGCGUCGAACAAACCUGGGUUCGCUGAAGGAGAAAAGCAAUGUCAAUUUGGAGCGCGCGGUCUCUGCGAGCACCCGGAUGGGAGGGCAUUUUGUACAAGGACAUGUCGAUACCGUUGCUACCAUCUUGAAGAAGGAACCGGACGGAAAUGCGAUGACCUUCCGAUUUCAACCUCGCGACAAGACAGUUCUUAGAUACGUGGUUGAGAAAGGCUAUGUGACUCUGGAUGGCGCAAGCUUGACAGUCACCAAGGUCGACGAAGAAGAUGGGUGGUGGGAAGUCAUGUUGAUCUCAUACACACAGGAGAAAGUUGUCACGGCGAGCAAAGUCCCGGGGGACGAGGUCAAUGUUGAAGUGGACCAGAUUGGCAAAUACGUCGAGAAAGCGGUAGAAGGGUACUUUUCCAAGGGCACAAGCGGAGAAUCUGCGAUUCUUCAGAAGAUGGUGGAGAGAAUUGUCGAUGCCCGAUUAUCACAAGUACGGCCAUGAAAUUGUCCCGGGGUCUUUAACAAGCGCCAUUAUCUGGCCUGCGCUGAGACGAAGUUUGUGCGAUUCAAAGGUAUUCCUAAUGAUAGGCUCUCCUCUCAAACUCUCUAUUCUCGUAGGUAAAAUCGCAUUAAUGAAUUGACGAAUCAGUUUCUUGGUGUAUCAUCCUAUCAUCUACAGACCGAGCUUUCUAAGCAACUUUAAAUAGAGAGUUGAGAUCUUUGGGUCCAUCCUCUACGGAAAUCCUUUUUUUCCAAAAAUCCGGCUCUGAGGUUAAGAUAAGGUACGAAGUAGUUUGGAAAACAAGAGCACAGAUCACAAAUUGACCUUCUAUCUCUUAAACGCAGCCUUGUUCAAACGCCUCGGGGCUUGGUUGUCGUCGCGACAGAUGCCAAGUUGAUCCAUCAUCUUGUUGCAGCCAAGAAAAAGAAUGCCGAGAUCAGCAAUAGAAGUUUCAAGGCUGCUUGGCUCGCCCCGUUAUUGCCGAAUUUUCUGUGAGAGAGCUGUAUUCGCUUCUGCCAGUUACUUGGUAAAAUCCGCCAGAGGGGGGUCGCUUUGGAGCCAUUUUGAUCAGUGCGGUAUUUCUGCAACUAGAUCUUCCAUUAUGAGGGAAUUGACCCCACGCGCGGAAGUGUCCGAGGCAUCCCAAGAUUGUGGACUGAUCCAUUUUUCUUUUGAGUCAAUUGGAAACUAAACGCCUCUUGGAUCAAGGAGAGGGUAAAGCCAAGUCCCCCGCAUAUGUACACUCACUGCUGCAUACCAUCUGUUCAAGUGACCUGCUUCUGCAUAAUAAAAUCAGCUUAUAAACUGCGUUGGCCUCCCCCUUCCUCUCUACAUCCUCAUUCCCAACUCCAUUCAUCUGCUCCUCCAUCUGCCACUCCAAUUCCCCUCACAAAGACUUUCUCAGCGCUUGCUCAAACCCUCAUACCUCCACCAAAUACACAAAAAUGUCUCCCUCUCAGCAAUCGAUUGCUCGCGUAGCCCAAGUCUGGCCUAGAUGGCUUCCAAAGGCUAUUCAAACGGACGCUAGAGCAAACCAUUCAUCCUUACAACCACUCUCGCCUACAAUCAAAUCACCUACUGCCAACUUCAACGUCUCUUAUUUUGUGGCUCCAAAACCACACAGUCAGCAAACAAACCCAGCAUCAGCUGCGCUCAACUACCAGCAGAGCCCCCGCGAAGCAUCUUCUUCGCUCUAGUGGCAGUCAAUAGCCCUCUUUGUUGUUCAACCUGUCUAGACUAGUUUGAUCCAUUUACCUAGAUAUCUGGGCUGAUUAACUCAAUUGUCUCGGAAAUGUCGAUUUGUCUUUCUGAUUCUUGCAGACUUUUCACAUUUGACCAAUUGUUCUAAAAAGCUGGGAGAGCGAAGGCGGUUGUUUUCCUCGUAUACCAUGGUUCAUCCGGGAUGCCAAGGGUUCGAGCGGAGACAGAAGAGCGGUCACGAACGACACAUGAACAAUUUUUUAUUUUGGAAAGCGAAAAAUGGUGCAAGAUUCAUCAUUGGGUGUUCAGGAGAAAUGAUUUUCGGGAUUGGCAUUUGCAUUGGGAUGAGGGACUUCCGGCGCAAAGGAUGGGACGGCAUAGGCAGUUUGGUUGGAUGGGAACAGGCUACCACCAUACAUGCAUGAUCGGUGGGCAUACAGUACGUGAUCUGCUGGCAGGUUCUUGGGCAUCAAAAGUUAUGUUUCCUCGGGUAGAGACAUGGG